CGACCAGUGACGACAUAGGGGCUAAGGAGGUAAGAAAUAAAAAAAAUUUAACUCUUUUAGACUUUUUCUAUAGUUUGUUAAUUGUUUUCAAAUGUUUGUUAAAUGUUUAUAUUUAAAAUCUAAAAUCAUAUUUGUCUAUUUUAAUUGUGAAGAGAAGCAGGGGACCAUUAGAGAGAGCAUUUCAGAAUGAUGCUAGAGAGAUUGCAGAUCAAUCCGUUGGAAGAUGUCUAUAUGCAAACGGUUUGUCAUUUAAUGUGGUACGAUCACCAUAUUGGCAGGAUAUGUUGAGAAAGGUAAAUGAGGCUCCAGAAGGGUACACAGGGCCUGGUUAUGAGAAGGUGCGUAGCACCUUAUUGGCAAAGGAGGUAAAAAACACAGACAAUGCAUUGGCUCCCAUUAGAAAUUCAUGGAAACAAACAGGUGUGUCCAUCAUUUCAGAUGGAUGAAAGGAUACCAAAAAUCGGCCAGUAAUUAAUGUAAUUGCAGUGUGCCCUAAAGGGGCAAUGUUUCUGAAAGCUGUGGAUUGUGAGGGACAGGUGAAGGAUGCACAAUUUAUUGCUAACAUCCUUAUACAAUGCAUUCAGGAUGUGGGACCUCAAAAUGUUGUCCAAGUAAUAACAGACAAUGCAAAGAAUUGUAGAGCUGCAGGUAUGUUGAUUGAGACACAGUUUGAACACAUAUUUUGGACACCUUGUGCUGUCCACUCUCUCAACCUCAUGCUACAAAAGAUGGGUAGGAAAAUACAUUGGAUCAAACAAAUUUAUGUUGAGGCUGAAGAGAUCCAAAUGUUCAUCACAAACCAUAACAUGUCACAGGCCAUUUUCAGAUCAUUUUCACAGUUGGAGUUGCUAAAGGUUGCUGAGACUCGAUUUGCAUCCAACACAAUCGUCUUGAGGCGACUUGUGAAGGUGCGGGAGCCACUUGCUAGCAUGGUAAUUAGUCAAAGGUGGUCCCUAUGGAGGCAAUCCAAUACUGAAAGGGCAACAAAUGUAAAGCACAUGAUCCUAGAUGACACUUGGUGGGAUUGAGUGUAAUAUCUUUUGAGUUUCACUGAGCCCUUCAUGAGUAUGAUCCGUUAUAUUGACAUGAAUCACCCAUGUUUGGGAGAGGUAUAUGAUGGCAUUGACUCGAUGAUUGAGAAAAUGAAAGCCAGUAUCAAUGCAAAAGAGCAAGAUCCCGAAGAAACUUUCUUCAAAGAGGUUUAGACAAUUUGUGUUGAGCGGUGGAACAAAAUGACCACCCCACUACAUCUUCUUGCAUUUGCAUUGACUCCCAAAUUUUAUAGUGAUGAAAUGCUUGCUAAGCCAUCAAAGGUACCACCAUAUAGAGAUUCAGAAGUCAGUGAAGGGUGUAGGACAACACUUACUAAACUCUUCCUCGAUUCUAAAAUGGAGGAUUUAAUGACAAGUGAGUUUGCUGAUUUUGUAGCCUCCAAUGGUCAAAGUGUUUCCGCUCUCCGUGACAAGUAUAAAAAGGAUUCUCAUGCUUGGUGGUACCUCAAUGGCCAUACAUCACCAAACCUUCAAACUCUUGCAAUCAAAGUUUUAUCGCAAGUAAGUUUCUUAAUUUUUAUUGGUCUCUAAAUUUAUA